AUGGCACUGAAUGCCACAAGAGGAACAACUAAUGCAUCUGAUAUAGAGCAGCCGCUGAUGGACAACGGUCACGACGAUAUCAUCGAGUGCGGCAAUGGCUACUCAUCAUCACUGCUCUAUGAAAGGCCUGCCGAGACCCUCAAAUGGAUCGAGCAGGAAGGCGUCCGCAAGCUAGGCACAUUCAAAGUGCGGGACUCCACAGUUCUGCAGCUGCUGGAGAACAAUGGCAUCCUGACGCUGGGCAUGGACAGCAGAGACAUAGACUGGCAGAGGACCUGGCGGUCCCAACUGGACAAAGAUGACCGCCCCGGCCUGGAUGGCACGUUCCCUAGGGCCCUCAGCAUGAUAUGGAGAAGUGCUGUAAUGGAGGUGGAGGCCUACGUGGUGGACAUAGAAAAUGUGGCAUGCGCGGACGAUGGCGGGCUGCUCAACCCGCUGCUGCACUGCUUCCAGCGCAACAUCUUCAAUGUCAACGUUUGGGCGCUGCCAGCCGUGGAGGCUGUGAUCACCUUCAAGUGGCAGCAGUGGGCGAGGAGAUGGAUGCACGCGGAGUUGGCCAUGUACCUAGUGUGGCUGCUGGCCUUCCAGAUCUUUGUCUUCAUUUUCCAGGACGAGGACACCUCUCUGAGCCUAGGCCAGCUGCUGAACACACGAUCGGGCGCCACGGCCGUCACAUUUGAAAUCUUGGCUGUGCUGGGCAUGCUGCCAUUCAUGUACAUCGAGCUGUGCGCUGUGCUGGAGUACGGCAUCACCCAGUGGAUCUACAACUUCUGGAACAUUCUGGACAUAGUGGCGUACGCUGCGCAGAUAGCAAUUACGGUGAUGCAUUUGGGUCGGCUGGAGCUGGCCAGCAAUGGGCUGUCAGUCAUCAUGGCACUGCAGGUGCUCAUCCUCUGGGUCAAGGUGCAGUACUUUGCCAGGGUGCUGCAGCCCUCCAAGAACCCCUUUGUGGACACGCUGCGCGCGGUGAUCAACGACGUCAAGUGGUUCCUCUUCCUGCUGCUGCUCACCAUGUGGGGCUUCUGUGUGAGCUUCUACAUCCUCUUCCGCCGCGACCAGAAGAAAGAGGCGAGCCCCGCAGAUCUUCUCUUUCCCACACACUCUUCCAGUACAGCGUUCAGGGACAUAGGGUCGAGCCUGGUGACGGUGUUUGACUGGCUCAUGGGCGGCGUGGAUCUCACCAUCUUCGCUGGCACGCACAACCCGGAGAUUGGUCUGGCGCUGUUGCUGGUCUACUGGUUCAGCAUGUCCAUGGUUCUCCUCAACUGCCUUAUCGCCAUCCUGGCAGACGCCUGCUCCAGGGUGAACGAGAACCAGGACGCCCGGUUCCUGAGCGGCCGCGCGGAGAUCAUAGACGAGCUGGAGAGCAGCAUUCCCAGCUGGCUGCGCGCCAGGAACUCGCACAGCUGGUACCCCCGCUACAUCCACUUCCUCAGGGAAGAGCGUGUAAUGAUAAUAAUAAUAAUAUUGGGCUUCCUGGCUGGUGGGCCGCGGGAAGAAAUACUGAGCACCGUGCCCAUGGUCAAUCGGCACAGCGCGGAUCCCUCCAUAACGGAAGCUGCCGAGAAGGAGGAUGCCAUGGCGCAACAGCUGGACAACCUGGAAGCACAGGUGAUGCGCAUGGCAGCGAUCCAGGAGAAGCUGGCAGAGAAGCUGCUGGACAAAGCUGAAAUUGAGGCCCUGCCACAAGCCGCAGCAGAGGAUUCGUGAGCGCGAGGCUGUCUUUAUGACACUGUCCGCGCAGCAUGCUCCCAUGCAUGUGCGAUGAAUGUCCGUGACAAACACCAAGUCUAGCUAAUUUGCCGCAUGGCAAUUUUGGUAUUUAAUGGGUGUAUGUCUUGAGAGAUCUCCACUGCUGAGUACAGAUGACGAGUCGACAUGGCCAAAAACAGAGAUGGUCCUGUCUGAGAGUGAGGGAGUGUCUUGUCCAGCUGGAAUAGUAGCACUUUGAGGGGUCACAGUUUCCAAGGCUUGAGCGCCAUGUCUGGGCCGUUGUUGCCAAACGCUGUAAUGUUUGCAAGUC